AUGUCUGUUAUUCUUGCUUCUGCUGGCUACGACCACACCAUUCGGUUCUGGGACGCGCUUACAGGCGUGUGUUCCCGCACCAUCCAGCACACAGACUCGCAGGUCAACCGCCUUGAAAUCACCUCGGACAAGCGGUAUUUGGCCGCAGCCGGCAACUUGUAUGUGCGGCUAUACGACAUUCGCCAGGCUGGCAGCAGCACGGGCACGGGCAACAACUCGAAUGCGGCAGUGACGUUCGAGGGCCACAGCGGGAACGUGACGCUGCUUGCGUUUCAAAUCGAAAACAAGUGGAUGGUCACUUCGCUGGAAGAUGGCACGGUCAAAGUGUGGGACGUGCGGUCGCCGUCGGUGCAACGGAACUACAAGCACUACUGUCCUGUGAACGAGGUGGUGAUCCAUCCGAACCAGGGAGAGUUGAUCAGCUGCGACCACGAUGGAAACAUUCGCAUCUGGGACUUGGGCGAAAACCAAUGCACACACCACUUAAUUCCCGAAGACGACGUACCGAUCAACGCUCUUUCCGUUGCUAGUGACGGCAGCAUGUUGGUUGCGGGCAACAACAAGGGCAACUGCUACGUCUGGACAAUGCAAAACCACAAAGACAUUACGCUGUUGACUCCAGCAACCAAGUUCCGCUCGCAUGCCAAGUACAUCACGCGUGUGUUGUUGCUGACGGACAUGAAGCACUUGGCCACGUGCCUGGCCGACCACACGGCUCGCAUCUGGCUGACGGAACAGAACUUUGCCUUGGAAACAACGUUGCAGGGCCACCAACGCUGGGUGUGGGAUUGUGCAUUCAGUGCUGACAGCGCAUACUUGGUCACAGCCUGUCUGGACCACUAUGUGCGGCUCUGGGACUUGUCCAACAGCGAAACGGUGCGCCAUUACAAUGGCCACCACAAGGGAGCUGUCUGUGUGGCUUUGAACGAUGUGUAG